AUGCCGGCCAUGGUGGAGAAGGGCCCCGAGGUCUCAGGGAAGCGGAGAGGGAGGAACAACGCGUCCAGCGCGGCCGCCUCGGCCGCCGCCGCCGCUUCGGCCGCCGCCUCGGCCGCCGCCGGCUCCUCAGCCCCCGCCGGCUCCUCAGCCGCCGCCGCCUCCGCCGCCUCAGCCGCCGCCUCGGCCGCCGCCGCCCCCAAUAAUGGGCAGAAUAAAAGUUUGGCGGCGGCGGCGGCGCCCAAUGGCAACAGCAGCAGCAACUCCUGGGAGGAAGGCAGCUCCGGCUCGUCCAGCGACGAGGAGCACGGUGGCGGCGGCAUGCGGGUCGGACCCCAGUACCAGGCGGUGGUGCCCGACUUCGACCCCGCCAAACUAGCAAAACGCAGUCAAGAACGAGACAAUCUUGGAAUGCUGGUCUGGUCACCUAAUCAAAAUCUAUCAGAAGCAAAAUUGGAUGAAUACAUCGCCAUUGCCAAAGAGAAGCAUGGGUACAACAUGGAGCAGGCUCUUGGGAUGCUCUUUUGGCAUAAGCAUAAUAUUGAAAAAUCAUUGGCUGAUUUGCCCAACUUUACCCCCUUCCCAGAUGAGUGGACUGUGGAAGAUAAAGUCUUGUUUGAGCAAGCCUUUAGUUUUCAUGGGAAAACUUUUCAUAGAAUCCAACAAAUGCUUCCUGAUAAAUCUAUAGCAAGUCUGGUGAAGUUCUACUACUCCUGGAAGAAGACGAGGACUAAAACCAGCGUGAUGGACCGCCACGCUCGGAGACAGAAGCGUGAGCGGGAGGAGAGUGAGGAUGAACUGGAAGAAACAAAUGGAAAUAACCCCAUUGACAUGGAGAUUGAUCAAAACAAGGAAAGCAAAAAGGAGGUGCCCCCUACUGAGACGAUUCCUCAGAUCAAAAAGGAAAAACAUAGUACUCAAGCUAAAAAUAGAGCAAAAAGGAAACCUCCAAAAGGAAUGUUUCUUUCUCAAGAAGACGUGGAGGCUGUUUCUGCCAAUGCCACUGCUGCUACCACGGUGCUGAGACAACUGGACCUGGAGCUGGUGUCGAUCAAACGACAGAUUCAGAAUAUUAAACAGACGAACAGUGCUCUAAAAGAAAAACUUGAUGGUGGAAUAGAACCAUACCGACUUCCAGAGGUCAUUCAGAAAUGCAACGCCCGCUGGACCACGGAAGAGCAGCUGCUCGCCGUACAAGCCAUCAGGAAAUACGGCCGAGAUUUCCAGGCCAUCUCAGAUGUGAUUGGGAACAAAUCAGUGGUGCAAGUGAAAAACUUUUUUGUAAAUUAUCGACGCCGCUUCAACAUAGAUGAAGUUUUACAAGAAUGGGAGGCAGAGCACGGGAAAGAAGAGAAUGGUCCCAGCAACCAGAAACCUGUCAAGUCCCCAGACAGCUCCAUCAAGAUGCCUGAGGAGGACGACGAGGCUGCUUCUGUUCUUGAUGUCAGAUACUCAUCUGCCUCCUGAGACACUCUGGUGGCUUGAGUGCUUGGUGUGGACGCCUGCAUUUUCCAGGAUUCAGGUACCUCCAGACUUCACCCAGCCAUCCGCAUCACAGCUCUGUGGACAAGCAGCUCUUACCAAAAAGGCACACACUCGCAGUCCUGGGCUACACCUGCCUUAAUUCUUCGCUCGUUCCUCGUGCGGGGCCGCUUCCCCGAGAGCUCUCUGUGUCUCUCGCUCCGCCUCAGUGCGGGGAUCCUGUGGCCCCGGCCCACCUACGGCAGCUCUUCCCCAUUGGCGGCUUCGGAACAAGGAGUCACUCGGAGGUGCGACUCUGUUCCUGCAUGGCCUGCAGUCCCUACUUUGUGCAUAAUGUAAUUUUCAGAGUAACUGUGACCCGUUGGCCUUCUGGGAAGUUUCCUUUGUUCUUUUCUGAGGCAUCCACCUAAGUGAUAUCAUGCUUCUUCAGAAAUCACCGCAUAUUGGCAGACUGCGUCAUAACCUUCAUAGUGCCAAACAGCUUGAUACAGCUCCCCUUUCCCUCAAUGUAGGUAUAAUUAUGGUUUAUAAAUUCACUUGGCUUAAAUCUCUCCCCUCUCCCUGCCCGUGUGGUAGAAAGCUCAUUCUCUGCACUGUACUUGGAGGAUUGUGGACCCCAGCACUCGCUGCCUUCAGCAUCGUCACCCCAGGAUGGGCGCCGCCCGUCUUCUCCUUCCCCUCCCCACCCCGAGCUCCAAGAGUGUCCAUACACUGUACCUGGUGCUUGUACAUUGGGAAUUGGUGCCUUCUCCUUUUGGCAACCAUGUUUUCAACCCUCUUUUCUGUUUCAGUGUCUUAUUUCUUCUUUAAAGUUGAUUGCUUGCCAAAGAUGACAUCACUGAGAUGAGGAGACGGGGAGGCCUUGCUGCAGGUGCUUGACAGAGUGCGGAUGCUCGAUGUCACGUGGGGCGGUGAUACGGGCCUGCGGCCGGCUGGCGGCGGCUCUGUCAAGGCUCUGUGCUCUUCGGGCGCUGUCCUCUUGGGACACCUGGCCUCUUGCCCCUCUCUCCACGUAGCCUCUUCUCUGUCACGUGCUGGCCGUGCAAGCACCGCUCCCUCGAUGUUACAGAACAGGCAGGGACGUGUUCGGUCACUGGUUCUAGUGAGUCCAGGUGGGAAGAAACCAUCUGCAAAGGGGUAUGUGAUGCCUUUUGGUUGGGCUGGGAACAAGUACAGAUAUUUAACAAAUGUUCUAAAACUUCCAGAAUCACUUUUAUUCUCUUGCCAGGCUGUAGACUGCGCCGUGCCUCCUGGUA